UCUUCUUCAGGGGUUUAGGGUUCUUCAUGGAUUUAUGAUGCGGCGAUCCGCCAAUCCUAAAUCCAGCAGCGCGAUCGCGGGCGCGGCGAGCACAGCGCAAUCGCUCAAGGCGGAUUUCCUCAGCCGCAUCGCAAAGUGGGCGUCGGCCGCGGUUCCUCCUCUCGGCGCUCUCUGGGGCCAUCGAUUGGCAGCGUCGUGCGAGAAAACGGGCGCUUCGAUCAAGAACCAGGUCCAGUGCCAAAGGUGUGAGACGAUCAUCGCCAGCAGUGACGAGCUCUCCGCCGCCAAAAAAGCUGGUUUCCGGAUUUGCAGCUACUGCGGUCACCACAACACACUCAAGAAAUCCAAGCCGACCUCCAACCCCGCUACCCCGGAUCAGCAAACUUCUACCGCGAAGAAGAGGAAGAGGAAAAGCUGGUCGACGCUCAAGGACGUCGCGGCCACGCAGGGACAAAAGGUGAUAGGCUCCGCUGCCAAAUCCUCGCCGAGGAGCGAAAAGGUCGCCAAGAAAAAGAGCAGGAUGUCUUUUCCGAGCGUUGCUGUGGCUCCGAUCCCUGCAGAGGACGAGAAGAGAAGCAAUGGAGACUCAAAUCUUGUGGAGUACAGGGUGGUGGUGACGGAUCACGAGAAUGAUGGCAAUGGUGGCGAGGCCGACUUUAAGCUCUCGGCUCUCAGGAAGGUGGUCGAGUUUGAUUCCAGUAUGUGCGAGACUCAAGAAGUUACUGCCGAGUCCGGCCACGUGAAGGUGCUGUGCGUGGAGAACGUUGCUGCCGAGCUUGGCGAAGCUGUGAUCACGACGGUAGAGCAACAGGAAACAAAUCCAGAUGAGAAGGGAAAAGAUCGUGAAGUAGUCGAGUCCGCUGAGCUUGUGGAGGUGGACAUGGUGGAGAUGAGUGCUCCAAUGGAUACUGAGGCCGAGGUGGCCGCAAAGGACGCAAGCGAGAACGAGUUAUCACCUUCGAAAGAAAAGGAGUUCCUUGUUUCAGUGGAAGUGGACUCUAUAGCACCUGUUGUGGAACCUCAGCUUGUCCCGAAUCAAAUGGAGGGCAGUGAGCUUCUUCCAAGAGAAGUCGAGAUGCCUGCCUCAACGGACGCUGUGAAGGAUUUGGAUUUGAACAGCAAACCCGAGACGCUGGACGAGCUUCCCUCGCAGACAGAACUGGCCUCACAGACUGCUGGCUCGGAACUGGUUCCAGAGAAGGAGGAGCUGCCAGCUUCAGAGCAACUUGACAACUCUUCUUUAGAGCAGAAGGACCUUGAGGUGCCAGCUGAAGAAACUGCGCUGCCACAACGGGAAGAAGAAGACGAGCUGCCAGUUUCUGAAAACGCUGAAGAGAAGUCUACGAUGGAGGAGCUUGAGCCAGAGAAACCUGAAAACACGACUGCGGAGAAUCCUGGAAACUCUACUACCAUGGAAGAGGAAAUGCGUGCUUCCGUACAAGAGGAACCUGACCUUCAUACUUCGAUGGAAGCUGAAGUGCCAUCUGAGCGUGCUACUCCCAUUGAACCUGAACAGCCGGACGACAUAGCGAUGGCAGCACCUGAAACUGCAUUUGACAGCUCGCGUCGACGUGAUCCUGCCAAGAUGAAGAGACGGUUUGUGCGUCAACGUGAUCCUGCUGGUGCCUUGAAGAGCAUUGUCCGCUCGUAUUCCCACGCGAGGACGGUACGAACGGCAUGCCAUGACGCACACUUGGGUGCUAUCAAGCGGCAAUGCAAGGCUCUGCUUGCUCGUUGCAAGAAGGAGAAGGAGAAAGCUGCUUCAGAGAAGAAGCGUGCUGACGAACUCUUCUUAGCUCUCAAACUUUAUAAAUCCGCGCGGAAACUUCAACGCCGCCAUGUAGCUAAGUUGGAGGGCAGCUUGCCGGAACUGAGGAGCGAGAUGAACAAAGUUUCGGACGAGGUGAGCACGCUGUCUGGCACAGUGACGCAUCUCAUCGCGGCAGUGGAAGAACUCAGAUCGAAAAUCGCUGCUGAGAAGAAUGCGUCUCCUCACGAAGCACUCGAUCGAGACGUCGAGCAGCAAGACACGGCGGCGGCAAACGAAGAUCGCCUGGAAGAUGGCGUGAAAUCUCCCGAGAGAUUGGAAGCUAGCCACGGGAAGCCUGAUGCUGGGAACAAGGACGACAAGAAGAAUCCCGGAGAUGGCGACAAGAUCUCCCAGAGGCUUGGAGUUUCAGGGCUCUCGCGAAAGAUUUGCAAGAAGAACCUGAGGACCAUCUCGCCAAGCUUACGUCUCAAAGGCGUCACGCUCACGAAGAUUGGUAGACGAUGGAAGAUUGGGUCUUAAUGGUCCCAUUGAUUGAUCCAAGCAAGAGUUUUUUUGUUGUAUAUAAUAAGCAUUAAGUUGAAAUUAAUGAGCGUUAUAUUAAUCGA